CGACUACUUCAAUCCACGCGCGCCCGUCAUCGACGUCGACAGCUUCACACUCGAUUCGCAGCCCCGACCUCGCCUCGCUCAGCGUUCGAACCGCGCGAUCCUGUCCCUGUAGCGGCAUCUCCUUCACCAUGGACUUCAACAGCCUGAAAGACCAGGUCUCGAACCUGACCUUGUACGAUCUCAAGGCGGGCGUACGCAAGGUCCAGAAUGCCGUCAUGAACUUCACAGAAAUGGAGGCGAAGGUCCGUGUUCGCCUCAAUCGCCCCUCCGGAGGCCCUCUCGCUGACCGACACUCUGGAUUCUAGGUGCGCGAAGCGACAAACAAU